AUGGUGUUGGAAGGCAGCACUGACGUGGGGACCCCAGGAUCCCUGGGCCUCCGGCAGACCAGCACCAAAACCCCCCGAAUCCUUCCUGCUCCUCCUUCGGACAGUUUGCUGCUGGGCAAGGAGCCUGUCAAAUAUGGGGAGCUCAUCGUGCUGGGCUACAAUGGGUCCCUGGCCAGCGGAGACAAGGGUCGCCGCCGCAGCCGCCUGGCACUGAGCCGGAGACCCCAGGCCAACGGGGUGAAGCCUGAUGUUGUCCACCAUAUUUCUACCCCCCUCGUGUCCAAAGCACUGAGUAACCGGGGCCAGCACAGUAUCUCCUACACACUGUCUCGGAGCCACUCGGUCAUUGUGGAAUACACCCACGACAAUGACACAGACAUGUUCCAGAUCGGCCGCUCUACGGAGAACAUGAUCGACUUCGUGGUCACUGACACAGCCCCGGGGGGCGUGGCCGGGGAGGGCCCGGCUGCCCAGAGCACCAUCUCCCGGUAUGCUUGCCGGGUCAUCUGUGAGCGCUGGCCCCCCUACACAGCGCGGAUCUAUGCCGCUGGCUUCGACGCUUCGAGCAACAUCUUCCUUGGAGAGCGGGCAGCCAAGUGGCGGACUCCCGAUGGGCUGAUGGACGGCCUGACCACCAAUGGUGUCCUGGUGAUGCACCCGGCCGGCGGCUUCUCCGAGGGCUCCUUGCCUGGUGUCUGGAGGGAAAUCUCUGUCUGCGGAAAUGUGUACACCCUGCGCGACAGCCGCUCCGCCCAGCAGCGGGGGAAGCUGGUGGAGAAUGAGUCCAACGUGCUUCGGGAUGGCUCUCUUAUCGAUCUGUGCGGGGCCACCCUUUUGUGGCGCACUCCAGCCGGCCUCCUUCGGGCACCCACCCUGAAGCAGCUGGAGGCCCAGAGGCAGGAGGCUAACGCGGCCCGGCCCCAGUGCCCCGUGGGGCUCAGCACCCUGGCUUUCCCCAGCCCGGCCCGAGGCCGAGACGUCCCCGACAAGCAGCAGCCAUGGGUGUACGUGCGCUGCGGCCACGUCCACGGCUACCACAGUUGGGGCUGCCGGCGGGAGCGGGGUCCGCAGGAGCGUGAGUGCCCCCUGUGCCGCCUGGUGGGGCCCUACGUGCCGUUGUGGCUGGGCCAAGAGGCAGGGCUGUGCCUGGACCCUGGGCCCCCGAGCCAUGCCUUUGCACCCUGUGGCCACGUCUGCUCCGAGAAAACAGCCCGCUACUGGGCCCAGACACCGCUGCCCCAUGGCACCCACGCCUUCCACGCUGCCUGUCCCUUCUGUGGGGCCUGGCUCACGGGGGAGAAUGGCUGUGUCCGCCUUAUCUUCCAGGGCCCGCUGGACUAGGGCAGGAGUGGGAGUCUCCUGGCUCCAGACUGAGGUCCCCCAGCUCUGGGACCUGGGUCUCUUACCUCCUGCUGUAUCAGAUUGGAGAGAUGGGACAGCCCUCUGGGACUGAAAGUGCCCCCAGCCCUGGUGGCACUGACUCAUGGUGUCUGUGAGAUGGCGUGGUUCCCCCCCAGGACGUCUGCCUGGAUGCUCGCUCAGACUGAGGGGGGUCUGGGUGGGGGGAGGGGCGCAGAUCCUCUUCCCAGAUCUGCAUCGGCCUCCAGUGACGGCUCCUCUGGAUUGGCCAAGGGGUGGUCUCUGUGGCUCUCCCCCAUUCACCAUCAGAUGGACAAAGUCCCUGGCGCCGGGAUUUCCCCUCUUGCUUCAUUGGACUCAACGUCUAGGCUGGUCCCGGGGACGCCUCCGCCCCGCACGUCCCCCAUCAUGCCGUGUAACACUGUGCCCUGGCGGAAGGGAAGGAGGGAG